AUGAAAUUGGGAUAUUAUCCUAAAGAUGCACGAAGAACAAAACGAAGUGGACAUCAAAUUCCUAACAAUUAUCAAGUUCAACAACUGGCCUUAGAUAUUCAUUCUUGUUCUAAAAAAAUGUUAGAAGAACAUGGAUUUUCUGAUACAAAUUUGGAUUAUAUAGGACUUAGUAUUCUUGAUGAACAAGUUAAAAUAGAUUUUACUGAAUCAACAUUAGCUAUGCACGUUGAUUCUAUUAUUUAUGCAUGUGAUACUAGUUUAAUUUCACGAAAUAGUUAUAGAAAUUUGGCAGCAAUUAUGCCUUUUUUAGAAUGA